AUGGACAACAUUACUGCCACGCAUUCUCUGUUCGUUUCUGAUUCCUUCCAACCCCUCACAAACAUCACCCGAGAUGUCGUCCCUCACGCUCCCCUCUGGGCAAGCUUCGACAAAGUGUCUUCGAGCCUCCUCCGCCUCAAUCCGUCGGAAUUCGAAUUCGUGCGUGGGCGAACGUCGUUGUCCACAUUCCAAGAGACUGCUGCAUUGCUCGUGGCCUACUAUGCAAUCGUUUUCGGUGGUCGAGAAGUGAUGCGGAAUCGCAAACCCUUUGAACUCAAUAAUGCUUUCAAGGUGCACAACUUCUCGCUGUCGAUCGCCAGUGGAAUCAUGCUGGCGUUGUUUAUGGAACAGCUUGUCCCAGCACUGCUACGAUUCGGCGUCUUCGACACUGUGUGCGGAUCACCUGGGUGGACGCAGCCGCUUGAGACACUGUACUAUAUGAACUACGUGACGAAAUACAUCGAGCUCCUCGACACGGUCUUCCUCGUGCUGCGAAAGAAGCCGCUCACGUUCCUGCACACCUACCACCACGGCGCAACGGCACUACUCUGCUACACACAACUCAUCGGCAAAACACCGGUGUCCUGGGUCCCCAUCACAGCCAACCUGCUCGUGCACGUCGUCAUGUACUGGUACUACUUCCAAGCCGCGCGGGGCAUCAAAGUCUGGUGGAAGCGGUACAUCACGCAGCUGCAGAUUGCGCAGUUCGUGCUGGACCUCGGAUUCAUCUACUUUGCCAGCUGGUCGUACUUUACCUCGACGUACUACCCCUCGCUGCCGCAUAUUGGGACGUGCAAGGGAGAGGAGUUUGCCGCGGUGUCCGGGUGCGUGAUCCUCACUUCGUACCUGGUGCUUUUCGUGCUCUUCUACCUGCGCACGUACAAGACUGUCAAGACGGAGAAGCGGGUUACGAAAGAGUGUGUGCGGGUGGAGAACAAGGUGGACGUCAAGGUCGUCGAGCAGGUGACCGAGACCAAGAAGCCCGUUUCGCUGGAGGAGAACGUCGAUGCCUCCUUGGCGCAAUAG